CUGUAGUUUGGAGUCACCAAGACUCAGAAGUGAUCGUAGCAGCGCUCACACAUCGCUCCUAAACUGUUUUUAUAUUUUCAUUCCAUUAUUUUAUGACUCCUACAUCUGUGUAUAUACACUCUUUUUUAUUUUUAUAACGAGACAACAACAAGAUGGAACUCAAUUCUCUCCUAAUUCUGCUGGAGGCUGCAGAGUACUUGGAAAGAAAAGACAGAGGGGCUGAACACGGUUAUGCGUCUGUUUUACCGUACAGCGGCGACUUUUCCCGAAAGAAAACGAAAGCUUCGCCAAUUUCCAGAAAAACUCAGAACAAUAGAUCAUCACACAAUGAGCUGGAGAAACACAGACGUGCCAAACUACGGCUCUACUUGGAGCAGUUGAAGAAGCUGGUGCCUUUGGGUCCAGACAGCACGAGACACACCACUCUGAGCCUGCUGAAAAGGGCCAAGAUGCACAUCAAGAAGCUGGAGGAGCAGGACAGGAAGGCUCUAAAUGUGAAGGAGCAGCUUCAGAGAGAGCACCGCUACCUCAAACGCCGACUGGAGCAGCUCUCCGUCUCGGGAUCCGUGGAGCGCAUCCGCACCGACAGCAUGGGCUCCACCAUCUCCACCGACUCGGAGCAAGGCGUGGAGGUGGAUAUCGAGGGUAUGGAGUUCACCCCCGGAGAGGCAGACAGCGUGGACAGCAUCAGCGACGGCGAGGAGGAGGAAGAGGAGGAGGAGGAGGAGGAGGAGGAGGACCACUACAGCCUCCAGAGCAGCUCCAGCGACACCAGCUACACGGCCACACAUUCCCACAGACUGCAGCCGCACCACUGUUAAGACGCCGCGCGGCCAUCUCCCCCCCACCCCCCACCCCCCACGCUUUCCCGUCCUCGCCCCGCCUUCCCCUCUUGAUUUAAAAUCGCCAGCGUCACCCCGCGCGGCUGCGGCGGCGCGACUCUCCCCCCCAUUCCCUCUUCGCCUAGCCACGACUCUGCGAGAAGCACAUGGCACUGAAAUGCCACUCGAGCUUCCUGGGCCCCUCCCUCUCCCUCCCUGACCUCUGACCCCUACCUUGCCCUACUGUACCCUGCCUGAACCUGCCCCUCCUGACCCUCUAACCGCCCCUGUCCAGCGUCGCAGCAGGCUCAGAGAGCGCAGAGCAGAACUUGUGUUUCUUUUAUACGAGAAUUUGGUGGCGAGGUUCACAGCUUUGACUUGUUAAUCGGUUGACGUCCCCGCGUGCGUCUGCAGGAGAGAACCAUUCGGGCGUGGGUUAAAGAGGUCAAAAACUAAGAACAACCCCCGAGUCGUCCCCACGCGGCAAUAAAACAGCGAUAAGAAUCGGUGCAGUAGUCGAGUACGAGGUAAAGCUUUUCUCUUAGUUCUGCAAUAUGGAACAACCGCACCUCGAGAGCUGAUUUCAACACACAGAAUCUUUCGUUUUACACAAUAACAUUAACAGGAGCAGCUGCUGCAGAUGUCCUGCUGGUUCUUAAGAUUCUGCAGCAUCUUGCCGUGAAGGUGCAGACACGCAACUGUCCUCUUUCUCAGAGCGUGCAGAAGAAGUAACGGAGGUCACGACAGUCCUCCGAAGCAUCCAUCUGGGUCUCUGUAGAAACAAGUUCAGUUCCUCGUAUGGAGAUAAAAGAUUUUCUCAGGUGAUUAAAAACACUCCAAAUCCUAAGUUUCAGGCGAUUUCACAACAAAACAUCGACAGUCACCAAAAGCUUCCCUCACAUCUCACAUACUGCACCUUCAGACAGGAAGAGGUUGACACUUUCAGGGCAAACCUGCCAUCUUGUUGAGAGUGAGAUGAGGAGAGAGAGGAAAGUGGAGGAGCAGCAGACUGCCCACAGCAACCUCCCUCCAUACUGUCCAGCGAUGUGCAGCUUUUAAAAAGUAUUAUUAAUCAUCAUCCUCUCAAGAGUCGUGUCCAUCUCGUCAUCAAACUCUCAGCAGGACGGCAAAAUGUCCCCCCAAAACUUCUUUACUUAUUGCCAGCCGUGCUUUUAAAACAGGGUUUCUUCAACAGCGUCUCUGCAUUAAUAAAUGGGGGGGAAAGAAAAGUCCCGGCGCUGUGGCAGAGAAUGAAAAUGUAAAUAGAUGUACAGUUACUGUCCAGAUCCUGGUGUCUCCCUCUGGUUGGGCCGCCUAACCACUACUCCACACUACUGACCACUACACCAGACCACCCUAUGGUGUGGAUGGACUACUAUGUCAAAUAACAAAGAAAAAAAAAAAAAAGGAAAGGAAUCGCCUCACAGCUAAAACUCUACUCCUGAAAGAUUGAUUCCUUCUCAGUAGCGAAUUGAUGUAGCAAUAAAUAGGAGAGGCGGGUGUUGAAUCGAUUCUAGUGGACCAUGAGGUGUUACAGGAGACCUUUUUUUUUUCCCCCCUUUCUCCUUUUGACCCUAUUGGCAACUUGUUGCUCACAGACAGUGGAGAUGUGCGCAAACUCGUAGUUAGUAUUUCUCUGCAGCUCUGUUUCUGCUUCCUGCUGGUAUUCGUGUGUGAACACCGGCAGGAAGUGUGUGUGUGUUGGACUUAUUCUGAUUAACAGGUCAAAGCUGUAAACGUGGCAGAAAAAGAACGGGCCAGCUGUGCUUACCAGCUCUUCGGUAGAGGUGUUUGUUUCCGCUAACUUAGCAAACUAACCACAGUCAGUUCACUUUUAUGUAACAGGAAUAAUAAUCCUUUUCUCCUCUGCUCUUUGUUACUUGUUUCUGGAGCUUUUUUUUUUUUUUUUCCGUUUUUGAGCACUUCUAAAGACCAACGUAGAUGAAAUUCCUUCCGUAACUCGUCUGUAACUUAUGCACAAUAGUCACUAUUGACGGAGGAGACGCUCCUGUCGCUCUCUGACCAUUGAAUAAUCGUUUAGCCCCAGUCGUUCCUGGCAGUCUUUUAGAGCUUGGCACUUUAAAAAACGAGAAAAGGCCCGGUCCACGUGGCUGGUCUGACCAAAAAAAAUUACAAACUACAAAAGACUCAAAAGGAUAAACAAACAAAAAAGAUUAAAAAAAAAAAAACCUUGCAUACAAAAGAAGCUAUGUGUCACUGAAAGUGAUAUUAGCCAGUGUAGUCUAUAUUUCUUGUAUUAAAUUUUGUAUUAUAUUUUCCUAAAUGUUCUCUUGUAUUGAAAAGACAAAAAAGAGUGAGUAUAUCUAUCUAUAUAUAUAAAUAUAAAUACAUAAAAGUAUAUGAGAGACAGACAGACAGGAGGCCAGGCUGAUUGAAGGGAGAGUGGGGGCAGGGGAGCUGAUACACUGGCCCCUCUCCCUUGGGUGACUCUCCUGCUGUCAUUCUGUGCCUUGGUGAGCCUUCGACCUCCCUCCCCCUCCUCCUCCUCCUCCUCCUCCUUCUCCUCCUUCCUCACCCACACCUCCUACUCAGGUCACACUCCCCAUCUCCCAGUCUCAUCCACCCUCCCUCCUCUGGUGGGGCUGAAAGCUUUGAUUCCCCCCCCGGUACCAAACGCUUCCAUGAGCAGGGGGCAUGUGAAGAGAACACCUCAUUAUAACUGAACGGAGGAAAGAAAACGCUCCCUUGGUCUCUACUGAAGCCGCUGUUGUGCUACACCCCCCCCCCCCCCCACUUGAUGCCCACCCAUCUGCCAGUGUCGCCUCUCGUAACGGGGAGAAAAAGAAGAAGAAGAAAAAAAAAAAUCAAACACUGGUAAACUCCCAUGGCAGCUUCCAGUCGCCCCGAGUGGUCACCAGCGGGGUAAAAAAAACAAAACAAAAAAACAAAAAAAACUCUUCUGGGCUUGAAGCGCAUUUCUUUCUUUCUUUCCUCUUUCUUUCUUUUUUUUUUUAUGUCAUGUUACUAUUGUUGUAUGUUGACUUUGUGUUUGUUCAGCAGGAAUCACUGGGAGACGAGCGAUAAGAGAAUUAUCCAAUCAAUGGCAGCUUAAGGUGUUAUCCUCCCAGCUCCCAGUGGUCCGUCCCAAAAAAAAAAAAAGGUUUAAAAAAAAGCAUUACCCGUCGAUCAGGGGACUUCUUGAGACACAGCAAUAUUA